AUCAGGGUGAUUCAGAUUAAGAUAAUACUGUUUUAUUUACUUUUUUCUUCAAAGAUCUAAUGAUUUACAAAUUUUAUGUCUCAGGUUCACUAAUGUAUUUAAAUGAAGCCACACUCCUCCAUAAUAUCAAAGUUCGAUACAAUAAAGACAGAAUUUAUACAUAUGUCGCCAACAUUCUGAUUGCAGUGAACCCAUACUUUGACAUACCUAAAAUAUAUUCUUCAGGAACAAUAAAGUUGUACCAAGGCAAAUCUCUUGGGACAAUGCCACCUCAUGUCUUUGCAAUUGCUGACAAGGCUUUUCGAGACAUGAAGGUACUCAAGAUGAGUCAGUCUAUCAUUGUAUCUGGAGAAUCAGGAGCUGGCAAAACGGAAAAUACAAAAUUUGUUCUAAGGUAUCUGACUGAAUCCUAUGGAACAGGUCAAGAUAUUGAUGAUAGAAUUGUUGAAGCUAACCCGCUCUUAGAAGCCUUUGGAAAUGCAAAAACUGUUCGUAACAAUAAUAGCAGUAGAUUUGGAAAAUUUGUAGAAAUACAUUUCAAUGAAAAGAGUUCAGUUGUUGGAGGCUUUGUUUCACAUUAUCUUCUAGAGAAAUCCAGAAUCUGUGUCCAAGGCAAAGAGGAAAGGAAUUACCAUAUCUUUUAUAGGUUGUGUGCUGGUGCUUCUGAAAAUAUUAGGGAAAAGCUCCAUUUGAGCUCCCCAGAUAAUUUUCGGUAUUUAAACCGAGGCUGCACCAGAUACUUUGCUACCAAAGAAACUGACAAGCAGAUUUUACAGAAUCGAAAAAGUCCUGAGUAUCUUAAGGCAGGUUCCUUGAAAGAUCCCCUGUUGGAUGACCAUGGAGAUUUUAUCAGGAUGUGCACAGCCAUGAAGAGGAUUGGCUUGGAUGACGAAGAAAAGCUUGAUCUUUUCCGGGUGGUGGCUGGUGUCCUGCACCUUGGAAAUAUCGACUUUGAAGAGGCCGGCAGCACUUCAGGCGGCUGUAAUCUGAAGAAUCAGUCUGCCCAGUCCCUGGAGCACUGUGCCGAGUUACUGGGUCUGGAGGAAGAGGAUCUCCGCGUAAGCUUGACUACGAGGGUCAUGCUGACCACAGCGGGGGGCGCCAAAGGAACAGUCAUAAAGGUGCCCCUGAAAGUAGAGCAGGCGAACAACGCUCGUGAUGCCUUGGCGAAGACUGUCUACAGCCAUCUUUUUGAUCAUGUGGUCAACAGGGUAAAUCAGUGUUUUCCUUUUGAAACGUCAUCCUGUUUUAUUGGGGUCCUCGAUAUUGCUGGGUUUGAGUAUUUUGAGCAUAAUAGUUUUGAACAAUUUUGCAUCAACUAUUGCAAUGAAAAGCUUCAACAAUUCUUUAACGAAAGGAUUCUGAAGGAGGAGCAAGAACUCUAUCAAAAAGAAGGUUUGGGUGUUAAUGAAGUGCAUUAUGUGGAUAAUCAGGACUGUAUAGAUUUAAUUGAAGCAAAAUUAGUGGGAAUAUUGGAUAUUUUGGAUGAAGAAAAUCGUCUUCCCCAGCCAAGUGAUCAACACUUCACAUCUGCAGUUCACCAGAAGCACAAAGACCACUUCCGACUCACUAUUCCCAGAAAAUCUAAGCUGGCCAUUCACAGGAACCUCCGAGACAACGAAGGCUUCAUCAUCAGGCACUUCGCGGGGGCCGUUUGCUACGAGACGACCCAGUUUGUGGAAAAAAAUAACGACGCCUUACAUAUGUCUCUUGAAUCCUUAAUAUGUGAAUCCAGGGAUAAGUUUAUUCGGGAAUUAUUUGAAUCAUCCACAAAUAACAACAAAGAUACUAAACAAAAAGCAGGAAAGCUUAGCUUCAUCAGUGUGGGAAACAAGUUUAAGACACAGUUAAAUUUGCUUCUGGAUAAACUUCGAAGCACUGGAGCAAGCUUUAUUCGUUGUAUCAAACCUAAUUUAAAGAUGACAAGCCACCACUUUGAAGGUGCUCAAAUUUUGUCUCAGCUUCAAUGUUCAGGCAUGGUGUCUGUUUUGGACUUGAUGCAGGGUGGUUUCCCAUCACGAGCCUCAUUUCAUGAACUCUACAACAUGUAUAAAAAGUAUAUGCCAGAUAAACUUGCAAGACUAGACCCAAGACUCUUUUGUAAGGCUCUGUUUAAAGCUCUGGGCUUAAAUGAAAUUGACUACAAGUUUGGGUUAACAAAAGUAUUUUUUAGACCUGGCAAGUUUGCAGAGUUCGAUCAGAUCAUGAAGUCGGACCCUGACCACUUGGCAGAGCUGGUGAAGAGAGUCAGCCACUGGCUGGUCUGCAGCCGCUGGAAGAAAGUGCAGUGGUGCGCCCUCUCCGCCGUCAAGUUGAAAAACAAAAUAAUGUAUCGAGCUGAAGCCUGCAUUAAAAUGCAAAAAACUAUUCGAAUGUGGCUUUGCAAAAGGAGACACAAACCUCGCAUUGAUGGCCUGGUUAAGGUGGGAACACUGAAGAGACGACUUGAUAAAUUUAAUGAAGUUGUAAGUGCACUGAAAGAUGGAAAACCAGAGAUGAACAAACAGGUCAAGAACCUUGAAAGUUCUAUUGAUGCUUUAAUGGCCAAAAUUAAGUCCACUCUGAUGACAAGGGAGCAAAUCCGGAAGGAAUACGACGCACUGGUCAGGAGCUCCGAGGAGCUCCUGGGCGCCUUGCAGAAGAAGAGGCAGCAGGAGGAGGAGGCGGAAAGGCUGAGGCGCAUCCAGGAGGAGAUGGAGAAGGAGAGGCGGCGACGCGAGGAGGACGAGCAGCGCCGGAGGGAGGAAGGCGAGGCGCGGCGGCUGAAACUUGAGAUGGAAGCAAAGAGAAAACAAGAAGAAGAAGAGAGAAAGAAAAGGGAGGAUGAGGAGAAGCGCAUUCAGGCCGAGGUGGAGGAGCAGCUGGCCCGGCAGCGGGAGGAGGAGGCCCAGCAGCAGGCGGUUCUGGAGCAGGAGCGCCGGGACCGGGAGCUGGCCCUGCGGAUCGCCCAGAGCGAGGCGGAGCUCAUCAGCGACGAGGCGCAGGCCGACCCGGCGCUGCGGAGCUUGGAUUCCUAUCCAGUAACUUCUAAAAUUGAAGGAUCAAGACCCAGAAUGACACCGGAACAAAUGGCGAAAGAAAUGGCAGACUUUGUGAGUAGAGGUCCUGCUGUUCAAGCCACCAAGGCAGCUGCUGGUGCCAAGAAGCAGGAUCUGAGCAAAUGGAAAUACGCAGAACUCCGCGACACCAUCAACACCUCCUGCGAUAUUGAGCUCCUGGCAGCUUGCAGAGAAGAAUUUCAUAGGAGACUAAAAGUGUAUCAUGCUUGGAAAUCUAAGAACAAGAAGCGAAAUACUGAAACUGAACAGCGUGCUCCGAAGUCUGUUACUGAUUAUGAUUUUGCACCAUUUUUGAACAAUUCACCCCAGCAGUGCGUGGCUGCCGCGCCCCUGGCGCGGCCGCAGGAGGUCGGCGGGCCCCGGCCCCAGCGCUUCUUCCGCAUCCCGUUCAUCCGCCCCGCGGACCAGUACAAAGAGCCGCAGAGCAAGAAGAAGGGCUGGUGGUACGCGCACUUCGACGGGCCGUGGAUUGCCCGGCAGAUGGAGCUUCACCCCGACAAGCCGCCCAUCCUCCUCGUGGCUGGUAAGGAUGACAUGGAGAUGUGUGAGCUGAAUCUUGAAGAGACAGGCCUGACUCGAAAGCGUGGUGCUGAGAUUUUGCCGAGACAGUUUGAGGAAAUCUGGGAGCGCUGCGGGGGCAUCCAGUACCUGCAGCGUGCCAUCGAGAGCAGGCAGGCCAGGCCCACCUAUGCCACGGCCAUGCUGCAGGGUCUGCUCAAGUGACCUCGCCCCGGCCUGCGGCCGCGUGCCCCUGCCUUGUGCUUGGCAGGCUGUGCGCCCAGGGAUCAUGUUAGAAUUACUUACUCAGUGAACACACCUCAUUAAUCACAGCUUUUUGUUAAUUUAAGGUAAAUUAUAGUAGUGAAAUGGGGACCUAAAAAUUGUUUUCCUGCACCCUCCUGUAACUGUUAAACCUCUCAUCAUUCUAAUACUUGAAGCACUUGGACAGAUUCUGACAGUUCUCAUUCUUUGCCAGUAGACACUUUUAAGUCCACCAUACUUGUUCUGUAGAAAAACAUAUUUUGAAAAUUCAAAAUACCUGCUCUGUAAGGGUGGCAGACACACUGAGCAGCUGGGGUAUGAGACUUUCACUUAAAUUUUCACAUAAAAAUUAAGGCAGGUAUGAUCAAGGCACUGAUGUUCAAAUCUGAAAAGUUGUGUGCUUUCUUUACUCACAUUUUCAGAAAUUGCCAUUUUUCUGCCUCCUUUAAUUUGAGUAAAGCAUUUCUGAAGUUGUAGAUUUCCAGGAAGAGCCUGGGUGCACGGGCUGUGCUCCGUGCGUGGUAAAGAAGGCGCACCCGUAUCGUGCAGGGGUCAGGUUUUCUUCUCUGUCACAUUGUGUUGCUGUAAGAAUGUUUCUUAUAGUCAGUUGACAGAGGACGUUCAGAUCAUUUAACUGCUUAAAAGUUUUGAGAUAAUUUACAAAAGUAAAUGGGCCUUAGGCAGCACUGUGGCUGAAUUGGACUGAACUGAAAUAUUCUUUCAACUUCAUCUCAGUUGUAAUUUUUGUAUCAGAAUCUUGUCCAAGUUGUUUCAUAUGACUUAAUUUAGUGUUCUGCUUCAAAACAUCUUUGUUUCUAAAAAAUUCCUGGUGUCGUCUUUUGGCCUUUGAGAUCUUGGUAAUUGUAGGGCUGCUUAUAAGCUUUGUGAUUCAGAAGCCCUUAUACUAGUGAUUGCUUGUUUCAUGUGACUGAUAAUUUAAAAAAGAGAAGUUUUCUUUGUGUGCUGUUACUUUUGAUCAACUGUCAGUGGUUUCAAGCCUAACAUUUAUGACUUUCCUAUUAGGAAUUUGGAGACAAAAUACAGCAAGGAAUUAUAUUGACAUAAUUCUAAGGAGUCUUGUUUGUAUUUUAGAAUAAAAUUGGAAAUAAAAUUCUCUGCACUUUUUUUUUCUGGUGUUUUAAAGACCCUACUUAAACUUUGAAAUGAAUUUCCAGUGAUUUUUUUUUUCUAGAGAGUACCAGAGUAUUUCCCAGCUGAUUAGAUUUGUGUCUGUGAGCCGAGGACACAGUUUUCAGGAUUGCUUCUCUCUCACUCUGUGUCUUAAUACAGACAUGUUUAUUUAUUAUGAUACCGAGCAAAUGCUCGUCUCAAAGAAACUAAAUCAUCUUGUCUGUGCACUGAGAAUGUGAAUGAGAUUCUCCAUUGGCAGCUGCAUUGCUGCACGGACCCCCGCAGCCCCCGUGCUCUGGUCCCCGUGGCUGGUGGUUGAAGUUCUGGUUACUGACCAUAAAUGAUCUCACUUGCCUUUAAAUGGUGUUUUAUUUGUAUGGGACACUGAAUGAUAAGCUUUGUUUCUUUACUAGUAACAAAGUUCUUGAAAAACAUUUAGUAACCAAAUAGACUUUUAAGGACUUGUCCCUUUUGGAGAAGCAGUUUUACGUAUAUAUAGAUACAUAACGGCACCUGAUGGAAAACUGACCGAAGAGGUUGAAAUCGUUGUAAGGGGAGAACUUAGCACUUCGGAGAGUUUGUGAAAACUGUGUCCCAGCAAAGCAUAUUACAGGUCUUUAGUUUUUUACUUUACUAGCUAAUAAAAUUAUAGUUCGUGUUAAGCCGUUUUGUUGCUAAUUAUGUCACACAGCUGUCCUAGAACUUCUCUAUUUAAAGUAGUCUCCUGAGUUAGUUGGGCUCUCAGGAGAACUGCCCUAAUCCAGACAGACUUACCGCGACCUGCAUUCAGUGGGGUGCGUACCCACUUAAGCUGCCUCUCUGGGGAGGCUUAGGACCCCCUCAGACUUGAAGAAAAACAGCAGGACGGUGUUCUAAGGACGUUGAUUUGGCUGCUCUAUCCCGUUCUCGGGAACCCGUAAACACUGGGUGAAAACUUACGCAUCAAAAGUACAUCUGUCUUUUAAUCAGUCGUUUUAAUUGCGAUUUAAAGUUAGGAGUUUAAACCAGCGUACCGUAUUUUAAGAACUAAUCUCUUCGUGCUUGUCUCGGUACCAGUUCCUCCCUUAGUGUGUGCUUUGCAAAGGCAGACAGACAUACAUAAAAUGUUAAAGCGGUAAGACAGGGUCUCCAAUUCAAUCAUAAUGUAAUUCUUAUCCCACUAGCACAUUUGAGGUACAUGAGCUAGGAGUGCUCACUAGACAAAGUUUCUCUAAUACACGUGUCAGGAGAACAGUGAGUGUUCUUAGGUCAAAGGUGAGCAGAUGGCACCUUCGCCAGGGAACUGCGAGGAGGGGAGGUCAGAUGCGCGUCGGAGCCCGGGCCCUUGGACGCUCCCUGCCAGAACUCUCGGGCCGCCCCUGAGACGCCGGUUUACAGGUCGGCUUUCCAGGAACCCCGCGAACCAAGAAGAGAUGAAAGCGGAACAUGGGUGGUUGCGGAAGCUUAGCUGGAGGUGGGAACUCACCGGCAAGAACAGUCGAGGGGGCGUGUUGCUGGUCGGGCUUCACGCCCUCAGCCACAGGUUAUUCCCACGGCUCUCGGGGACCCUCAUAUGUAGAUCUGUGGUUUCUUUAUCCGAAGUACCUAAAGUACUUGGAUGGGUAGAAUAAACACUGAGUCACUCAGUUAGUUAAUACAAUGUUAGGGGCAGACGCACCUCCUUUUACAGUGGUAACAGAGAUGCCGAAAGAUCAAGUAAUUGAGUUCUAGACUGUGAAAGAGACUAUUUUUCUUUGCUGCAGUCACUUGGGGCCAAAAGCAGCAGGCCGAGGAGCCCGGAGGACUCACGGCAGGUCGCGCCCCUGUCACUGCAGGCCCUCGGGGGGUGAGGCGGGCCUUCUCCGUCGGGAUCAGCAGCCACAAGUAGUGCGGGUUUUUAUUUGUCCCGGAAGCUGGACUAGCAGGGAGGGCAGAGCAGAGGAUGUGAAACAGAAUAAGGGCAAACUGGGGGAACGGUUUUAACUAGGGAAAGAGAAGAGCCUGGUGCAAGCGAAGGGGUGGCCCGGCCCGGGCCUGGGGGAGUCCUGAUGCGGUAGGCGCAGGGGCGCUGCUGGACCUCGGCGAGGUUUAGGAUGAAUGUGUGUAACGAGAGCAGAACCUGCGCCCGCUAAACCUUGGAUCAGGACGCUGGUGUGCAGACCGGGCCGCCCUGCGGAGGAGCCCGCCGCCCACAACCGCAGGGCCCAGCGGGGCCCGUCCGGGGCAGAGCCCCCUGUGCCACGGCCCUGAGGCUGCUCUGCCCGGCUCGAGCCCGGUUCCCGCCCCAUCGCUGGCCUCGUCUGUGAGGAAGUGUGCUUGUCAUGCUUUUCAAGACGCUUUUCAAAGAUAGUAAAAAAAAAAAAAAAA